UCACACAAGAGGGCCACGCUGAGCAAGAACCAGCUGCUCGGAUGGUUCCUUCCACUGAGAGAGUUGAGUGAGACCGAAUUGAUCCACACAUCUGGCGAGCAAGGACACACAGGGCAACAGAUAGCUGCUCUUGCCUUGCCUGACGGUGAUGUGCGUAUGGUACCUGCUGAGAUCGAUCGAGAGCCCCUGGAGCAUUUGAUGGGCACAGCACCAGAAACAGAGGAUGUGCGUACUUUCCCGGAUGCCCACGGCAUAGCACACGAAAUACACGUUGGCAAAGACCUGACCGAACAACAGAAGAGACGGGCAGUGGAUGUGAUUAAAGAGGCGCAAUGCACAGGCAUUUUCUCGAAGGACAAGGCUGACCUUGGCCACGUUGACCAAUCGCUGGGUGUGCAU